GUUUUGAACACCAACAGUUCUUGUCUAUGCCUCCUGGCAUUUCUUGUUCCUCCAAAAAAAAGCAUCCCCGUCCGUGUGUGGUCUUUUGUGUUUUGACGGCAGACAGAAAUACAUCACCUUUUGUUGAUAGACUCUAGUGCCACAAAAUUGUGUUCUAAUUUGAAAUGCGAAAGGAUAUACAAUGUCUUCGAGGAAUCGCAAUUGUUUGUGUUUUUAUCUACCACUUAUUUCCAACUUUGUUUGUCAAUGGAUUUCUUGGAGUUGAUGUAUUCUUUGUCAUUUCCGGAUACCUCAUGGCGAAAAAUUUAACGAAGACUAAACUUUCUAAAGUUUCAGAUUUCAUUUCAUUUUAUUAUCGACGAUUUAAAAGAAUUCUUCCCGUAUAUUAUCUGGUGAUUCUAGUCACUGUCAUUCUUUUACGUAUUUAUUAUGAAGAUUUUCUAUGGGGCAACAAUGAUCGGUACGGAUUGGCGUCGUUGUGCUUGGUUACUAAUCAGCUGAUUAUUCACGAUCAAGCCGAUUAUUUUAGAGAGUUCCAAGCCGAGCGAUCUUCAUUGAACAUUUUCGUACAUCUAUGGUCAUUAUCUGUGGAAAUGCAGUUUUAUCUGCUCGUCCCAUUUAUCUUUUUUGGUCUACAACACUACAAAAAAGAAACUUGCAAGCUCAUGACAGUGUCAAUAAUCUCAAUUUUUGGAUUCGUCGGCUUUGCACUUGUCAAUUCUGCAUUUGCAUUCAACUUUAUGUUCCUCAGAUUAUGGCAGUUUUCCGCAGGAUUUAUUGCACUAUUUUGGACGAAAAGUUUCCCAUCUCAAGUGGCUAAAAUAUCAGAAAAAUCCGAAAAUUCUGAUGUUAGUGAAAACAAAUUUCAAAAGUUCUGUUCAGUAAGCAAAGAAGACUCCGUGAUGCUUGCACUGACAGUCAUAUCAUUAUGUGCAUUACCUACAAAAAUUGAUGUUUUGAUUUCAAGGCCUAUGGUAACUGCAGCCACUGCGUUUAUUAUUGCAGUCGAGUCCAAGGAUAAUCAGAUUCUGGAAUCCAGAACACUUUCCUAUAUUGGAGACAUCUCUUAUGUCAUGUAUCUUGUCCAUUGGCCCAUAAUUUCAAUUUUCAUUGAAAGCACUCUGAAAAGUCACUUGUUUUGUAUAAUGAUAACCCUGGUGGCAUCUAUAAUUCUUCAUCAUCUCUUCGAAAAGCAAUAUCUCCAAAUGAACUGGAAGGGAGUUGUCCCAUUGGUUCUUGUGCUGAUACUUGGAAAUGCUUACCUUCAGUACAGUAUUAGAAAUGACAAAUUUUGGCAAAUGUCUGUGCCAGAUGAGAUUCAGGAUAUUGUGGCACAAAAUAAAGUGUUCUUCAAUUACAUUUGGAAAACAGAACCACAAAUUGAUGAGUGUAUUGAGAAGGAACUUGUACCGCCAAGCAACGAGAUUUAUGGGCAGUGCAGGUUUCCGCCGGGUAAAGGGAAUAUGUCAAUAUUAAUGAUUGGAAAUAGUUAUGUGAUGAAUCUUGGUGAACAUAUACGGGCACAUUUUAACUAUAACUACUCGGACUACAGAUAUAUUGCCAUAAGUGAAGGCUACGCAUUGUACACAGAUUCUGCUCUUUCAAGCGGAGCUCUUGAAAUUACUAGGCAACAAGUUGAAAAAUACAAACCAGACGUUCUUCUUAUUGUUGCUCGAUUCUCAGCUGCUUUCAAGACAAAAUAUGAAGAAAAUGAUGGAUAUUUGCAGCAAAUCAAUGAGAAUAUCGCAUUCUAUGAGAAGUUCGUGAAAACCGUAUACAUAUUGGAUGCUCAUCCAAUGUACCCACUAGGAUUCCUUAAUUUGUAUCUCCAUUACUUGAUUCAAAAACCUGACGAGCUGGAGCAUUUAAAUCUGAAUAAGAAGAAGGCUGAGAAAGAGAUGAAUUUUGUGAAAAAGAGGCUGAACAUGAUGAAAUGCACAGAGUGCCAUUUCUUCGAUCUAAGCCACGUGUUCCUUGAAAACGACAAGUAUCUAACUUUUGAUAGAGACACUCAACUUUCCUACGUGGACAACAGUAUACAUCUGACAUCGGCUGGUGUGAAGAAAUGCGAUCCCGUUUUCAAGAAGAUGGCCGAAGAAAUUAUGAGCAAAUUUUGAUAUCAAACUUAAUUUUAAAACUAAUUUUCUCAAGGUUAUUUAUGUUGCCAAAAUUUAUUAUUACGGUUUUUUAAGAGUGGAAAAAUGAAUGUGAAUUUUU